AUGGGUGUUGGAGGUGUCUGGUAUCAAGAAGAUCAUCAUUGUGUAAGGUAUCAAGUAUGGCAACAGAUGAAUCGAGAUACAGGAUGUAAAAUGCAAGAUUUCAGUCUUAAAAAAGCUAGUCUUGAGAAAGCUAGUCUUGAGAAAACCAGUCUUAUAGAAGCUAGUCUUAAGAAGGCUAGUCUUAAAAAAGCUAGUCUUGAGAAAACUAAUCUUAAAAAAGCUAGUCUUGAGAAAACUAGUCUUAAAAAAGCUAGUCUCGAGAAAGCUAGUCUUGAGAAAGCUAGUCUUGAGAAAACCAGUCUUAUAAAAGCUAGUCUUAAGAAGGCUAGUCUUGAAAAAGCUAGUCUUGAGAAAACUAAUCUUAAAAAAGCUAGUCUUGAGAAAACUAGUCUUAAAAAAGCUAGUCUCGAGAAAGCUAGUCUUGAGAAAACUAGUCUCGAGAAAACUAAUCUUAAAAAAGCUAGUCUUGAGAAAACUAGUCUUAAGAAAGCUAGUAUCGAAAAAGCUAGUCUUGAGAAUAAAAGUUAA